GCCGACCCCGCCCCGGCCACGGAUCCGCCGCCCGCCCUCGGGGCCCGGGGCAAACGGACGGCCGCGGCUGGCACCAUGCGCUGCGCGGGCAUCGUCCUCCUGCUCCCGCUCCUGGCGCUCCCGGCUCACGGUCUGUCUUUGGAGGCCCCCAACCCCCGAGGUGAUCCAGCUGCAGGAGCCUCCAAGCCUGAGGGGGUGCCGACAGCACUGCCCACCGCUCUACCCACCCCAGAGGAGCCGGCGGGCCCCAUCCGCUUCGCCACCACGGCCCCCACUCUGAAGCUGCUGAACCACCACCCCCUGCUAGAGGAGUUGCUCCCGGAGACACCGGCCCACCUGGCGGAGCUGAGGCCGGCUCCCUCUUUACGGCAGGGUUCGGUGCCCCUCCUGCCAGGCAUCCCCAGCCCAUUCGUCCCGAGCCCGCUCACUAGUCUGCCCCACCAUGGCGGCCACUCUGUCUUCUCUGACCUCACCCCGACGCCCCCUGGCCCAGCCUCGGGCCCCAGACCCUCCCCUCCCAGGGCGAUGGAGGUGGCAGCCUGGACCCCCAGAUCUAUCUGGUCUGGGCCUACUGUCACCGUGCCCCCUGAGCCAGGGCCUGGGGUGGCAGCGCCCGACUCUAUUAAAGUGGUCACUGCCGCCCCCGAAGACCCGCUGCCUGAGGCCAGGCUGGGUGUUUCCGGAGCGCCGGGGACAACGGCCGCCCAAGCCCGGGAGCUCGGGGCGGAGAGCACAGGCUCGGCGACGGCAUCUGGUGAUGACGAGGACACCACCACCACCACCAUCAUCACCACCACGGUCAUUACCACCGGCCAGCCCCCGGCUCCUUGUAGCUGGAAUUUCACAGGUCCAGAAGGCCAACUGGACUCCCCAGAGGCAUCUGGCUCCACUUUCGACAGCGGCCUUGACUGCUCCUACUACAUCUCCGUUUACCCCGGCUAUGGGGUGGAGAUCAAGGUCCAGAACGUCAGUCUGCAGGCAGGGGAGAUGGUAACGGUGGAGGCGGCUGGGGGUCCCGAGCCCCUGCCCCUGGUCAACGAGACCCUGCUGCUGCAGGGCCAGGUGAUCCGCAGCCCCACCAACCAGGUGGUCGUGCGGUUCCAGGGUCUCCCGCCUCCUGUCGGCCCUGGAUCCUUCCACUUCCGCUACCAAGCCUACCUCCUAAGGUGCAGCUUCCCCCAACGACCGGCCUACGGGGACAUGACCGUGACCAGCCUCCACCCCGGGGGCAGUGCCCGCUUCCAUUGCUCCACCGGCUACCAGCUGCAGGGCGCCAAGAUCCUCACCUGCCUCAAUGCCACCCGGCCCUUCUGGGAUGCCCAGGAGCCAGUCUGUGUGGCUGCCUGCGGAGGGGUGAUUCGCAACGCGACCAUCGGCCGCAUCGUCUCCCCCGGCUACCCGGGCAACUAUAGCAACAACCUGACUUGCCACUGGCUGCUGGAGGCCCCCCCGGGCCAGCGGCUCCACCUGCACUUCGAGAAGGUCUCGUUGGCCGAGGACGACGACAGGCUCAUCAUCCGCAACGGGGCCACGGUGGAGGCGCCGCCCGUGUACGACUCGUACGAGGUGGAGUACCUGCCCAUCGAGGGUCUGCUCAGCGGCACCCGCCAUUUCUUCGUGGAGCUGAGCACGGACGGAGGCGGGGCAGCCGCCGGAGUGGCCCUGCGCUACGAGGCCUUCGAGCAGGGCCACUGCUACGAGCCCUUCGUCAAAUACGGCAACUUCAGCAGCAGCGCGGCCUCCUACCCCGUGGGCACCACCGUGGAGUUCAGCUGCGAUCCCGGCUACACGCUGGAGCAGGGCUCCAUCAUCAUCGAGUGCGUCGAUCCCCACGAGCCCCAGUGGAACGAGACGGAGCCGGCCUGCCGAGCCGUGUGCAGCGGCGAGAUCACGGACUCGGCCGGCGUGGUGCUCUCCCCAAACUGGCCCGAGCCGUACGGGAAGGGGCAGGACUGCAUCUGGGGCCUGCACGUGGAGGAGGACAAGCGCAUCAUGCUGGAUAUCCGUGUGCUCCGGCUCGGGUCCGGGGACGUGCUGACGUUCUACGACGGCGACGACCUGACGGCGCGCGUGCUGGGCCAGUUCUCCUCCGCCCGCAACCGCUUCAAGCUGUUCACCUCCAUGGCUGACGUCACCAUCCAGUUCCAAUCGGAUCCCGGCGCCUCCGGCCUGGCCUAUCAGCAGGGUUUCGUCAUCCACUUCGCCGAGGUGCCCCGGAACGACACCUGCCCAGAGCUGCCCGAGAUCGCCAACGGCUGGAAGAGCCCGUCCCAGCCUGAGCUGGUGCACGGUACCGUCGUCACUUUCCAGUGCUACCCCGGUUUCGAGGUGGCCGGGGCCGGCACCCUCAUGUGUCAGUGGGACCUCACCUGGAGUGAGGACCUGCCCACCUGUCAGAGGGUGACCUCCUGCCGCGACCCAGGGGACGUGGAGCACAGCCGGCGCCUCGUCUCCAGCAGCAAGUUCUCCGUCGGAGCCACCGUCCAGUACGUCUGCGACAAGGGCUUCGUUCUGUCGGGCAACGCCCUCCUCAGCUGCCACGACCGCCAAGCGGGCAGCCCCAAGUGGAGCGACCGGCCCCCCAGAUGCCUCCCGGAGCCCUUCGCGCCCUGCCACGGCCCCGGAGCCCCCGAGAACGGCGCCCGCAACCCGGAGAAGCGGCUGUAUCCAGCGGGUGCCACGCUCCGUUUCUCCUGCGCCCCCGGCUACGUGCUGCGGGGGGAGGUCAGCAUCCGCUGCGUGCCCGGGCGCCCUUCCCAGUGGAGCAGCCCCCCGCCCAGCUGUAAACCCACCUCCCUGGAUCAGUUCUCCAGCAGCCGCAGUCUGGAUGUUGCCAAGGCUCCCGCUGCUGAGAGCCCGCUGGAUGCCACCCAUUUGGCUGCUGCCAUCUUCCUGCCCCUGGUGGCCAUGGUGCUUCUCGUGGGUGUCGUUUACCUUUACUUCUCCCGGCUCCACGGCAAAAGCGCCCUGCGGAUGCCCCUGUCUCGUGCCCGCCCCUACGACCACGUCUCGGUGGAGUCGGCGUUUGACAAUCCCACCUAUGAAACUGGAUCUCUUUCCUUUGCAGGAAACGAGGGAAUAUGAGGUUUCCAUUUAGGGCGAGGGAGUCGCCCACUCAUCCCGGCACCACCGCUGCCUCCGCCACCUCCACCACCUCCACCACCACCACUUGAUCUCUGCCUGCUUCCCCCACCCAACCUAGUACAUCCUGCCCUGAGAGAGACUCUGGCCGAGCCCUUUCAGGGCAGGCCCCCUGCCUGGUCCCUGCUCGCACUGCCCACCGUACCACGCCCUCCCUGCUGGCACCCCUGCUGCUCCUGUGCCCUUCUCCAGGGGACAGGGAGACCUCUUCCUCCAGGCCACUGGGCUAGGGCACGGGACUCGAGCACUGCGGGCGGGAGGGAGGGAGCCGAGCUGUGGGGGCCUCUGGCACCUCUUCCACCUGCCCAUCCCGCCAGCCUUGGGCUCUGUGCCCCCUGGAACCGGGACUAAGAAUGUGGCGGGGGGCGGGGGGAGGGAAGAGGCGGGCGUGCUGAGCUCCUAAGAUAGUAAGGGGCCCUAGCGGGAAAUCCCAGACUAUUUCCCGCCAACCCUCAGUCCCCGGAGAUUCAGAGACCCCGGCAGGAGUCGGAGGUCGCCCGAGAGAGGGAAGGCAAGAGGCCCCAUGUAAUGAGACCGGUGUCAACCCAGGCAGGGCCAACAGAGCGUGAGGCUCGCCCUCCCUGCCCCUCUCUAAAGAUGUUGCCCUCGCCCAAUUCCUGUCUCCCACCCCAGCCCCGCAACCUCAGUUCUAGGGGGGCAAGAGCCAACCCCGAAGGCUUCUGGCCCAUCCUUCGGGGCGCCCACUCGCCCUUGGGCCCCCCGGAGAAGUGGCGGCCCAGAUCCCCAGGGUCCGCCCCCACGGAGGAAGGGUCGAGCCUGGAGGGGAAUUCCAGCCUUGUUCCCCAGCUUUUCUUCCGGGGGACGACCCUUCCCCAUUCCAACCGGCCAGGAGUGACCCUCCCCUCCACCGAGGGGUCAGCGCAGCCCCGAGGGAUGGGAUCCAUUCUGGGGUCUCCUCAGGGGAGGGAGGACCGCUCCAUUCUGGUCACUCCAGGCCGGGCCUGGAGGGCCGGGCCAGUUCCCUCCCGCCUCCCCUCUCCCUUGGAGGGUCCGGUCUGGGGGCUAUUUUUUUCACUCACCGUGUCCGCUCCAAUCCCGGACCAGUGACUACCCCCGACUCAGCAGGUAACAGGGCCGGUGUCGAAACCCCCACCCCCGCCACUCCCCUGCCCCGACCUCACCUCUCGGGGGGCCGCGGGGGGGGGGGGGGUGGAAGGAGAUGGGCACGUUCCCAGACAGCUUCCAGGCCGUGGGCCCAACGGGACGGAGGUGGGCUUCGGGGGUGGGGGCGGGGACGAGACCUGGGAGCUGGCUACAGGCGACUUUGUAAAUGUAAAAUGUAAAAUAGAGGGUCCCAGCUCCAGUCAGAAACAAUCUUUUAUUUCCAUUGUUUCCUUAUUAAAACCGUGUUUUUGACAAAACCAA